GCCCCGCCGCAAGUGGAAAGCAAGCUGAGACAGGGAGCCGCAGCCGCAGGACGCGGCAGAGCCCUGCCAGCGGUGUCAGUGACUCGUAAUCGCUGCCUGACCCAUGGCCAAUCGCGUGAUUUGCUUUACUAAUCACGCUUAGCGAUCUAGUCUCCUCUUCAUCCCACCUCUUCUCCCUCCCUGCUUCGCUGUUCCCUUUCCCCGCCCCUACCUGGGGCAUCUGCCUCUGAAUCGCGGCGGCUCCCGAGGCGCCGCCUGGCGAGCGGCUAGGCGCCGGUCUACGGCGACGAUGGAGGUGUGAUUUGGACGGGAGAGAGCGUGGUGGUGAGGUCUCGGUUUUCUCGAUAUAGGAGAUGGCGGCGGCAAAGGCGCGGGGAGGGGAGUUCCCCGUGGGCAUGAAGGUGCUGGUUGUGGACGACGACCCGACGUGCCUCGUUGUGCUCAAGAGGAUGCUCCUUGAGUGCCGAUAUGACGUGACAACAUGUCCUCAGGCUACAAGAGCACUAACUAUGUUGCGAGAGAAUAGGCGUGGUUUUGAUGUUAUAAUAAGUGAUGUCCACAUGCCGGAUAUGGACGGAUUCAGGCUACUUGAACUUGUAGGCCUUGAGAUGGACCUUCCAGUUAUCAUGAUGUCUGCUGAUUCAAGAACGGAUAUUGUAAUGAACGGAAUUAAGCAUGGAGCAUGUGACUAUUUAAUAAAACCUGUCAGAAUGGAGGAGCUGAAAAACAUCUGGCAACAUGUUAUUAGGAAAAAAUUUAAUGAAAACAAGGACCAUGAGCAUUCUGGUAGCCUAGAUGACACCGAUCGUAACAGACCAACCAAUAAUGAUAAUGAAUACGCUUCCUCCGCGAAUGAUGGAGGUGAUGGCAGCUGGAAAUCUCAGAGAAAGAAAAGAGAGAAAGAAGAUGAUGAAACUGACCUCGAAAAUGGUGAUCCUUCUUCUACAUCAAAGAAACCAAGAGUUGUUUGGUCAGUUGAGCUUCAUCAACAAUUUGUGAAUGCAGUCAAUCACCUCGGGAUAGACAAAGCUGUCCCAAAGAAAAUUUUGGAAUUGAUGAAUGUCCCAGGCUUAACCAGGGAAAAUGUUGCCAGCCAUUUGCAGAAAUUCAGACUCUACCUGAAGAGAAUUGCUCAGCAUCAUGCAGGAAUACCUCAUCCAUUUGUUGCGCCUGUAUCUAGUGCUAACGUUGCUCCGUUAGGAGGACUGGAAUUCCAAGCUUUGGCUGCUUCUGGUCAGAUCCCUCCUCAAGCUCUGGCUGCUUUGCAGGAUGAACUCCUUGGUCGACCUACAAGCAGUUUGGCGUUGCCUGGAAGGGACCAGUCAUCUUUGCGAGUGGCUGCAAUCAAAGGAAACAAGCACCAUGAAGAAAGAGAAAUAGCAUUUGGUCAACCCAUAUACAAGUGUCAGAAUAAUGCAUAUGGUGCAUUCCCUCAAAACAGCCCAGCAGUUGGAGGAUUGCAACCUUUUGCAGCUUGGCCCAAUAACAAAGUUGGUAUGACUGAUUCAACAAGCACAUUGGGAAAUGUGGGCAAUUCUCAAAAUAGCAAUAUGCUAUUGCAUGAAUUGCAGCAACAGCCAGACACCUUGCUGUUAGGAACCCUUCACAAUAUUGAUGCCAAACCUUCUGGUGUAGUUAUGCCAUCUCAGUCGUUAAAUACAUUCCCGGCUAGUGAGGGUAUCUCACCUAAUCAAAAUCCCUUGAUUAUACCAUCUCAACCCCCAAGUUUUGUGUCAUCAAUUCCUCCAUCCAUGAAACAUGAAUCUCUUCUUGGAUUACCUUCAACGUCAACCAGUCUGUUGGGCGGGCUUGAUAUGGUUAAUCAAGCUUCAACAAGUCAGGCUUUGAUUAGUAGCCAUGGAACAAAUCUUCCUGGUCUCAUGAACCGUAGCUCAAAUGCAAUCCCUUCACCAGGAAUUAGUAAUUUUCAAAGUGGAAAUAUUCAUUAUGUUGUUAAUCAGAACGCUAUGGGAGUUAGCUCUAAGCCACCAGGUGUUCUAAAGACCGAGAGCACUGACUCACUGAGUUGUAGUUAUGGCUAUAUUGGUGGUAGCACCAGUGUGGACUCUGGCUUGUUCUCUUCUCAGUCCAAAAAUCCACAGUAUGAUCUACUGCAGAAUCAAAAUGAUGUUAACGGCAGCUGGUCGCCUUCACAAGAUUUUGAUAGUUUUGGAAAUUCUCUUGGGCAAGGCCACCCUGGUACCACUUCAUCUAACUUCCAGAGUUCCGCCCUUGGGAAGUUGCCUGACCAAGGACGAGGGAGAAAUCAUGGGUUUGUCGGGAAAGGCACUUGCAUUCCAAGCCGCUUUGCAGUGGAUGAGGUUGAAUCUCCAACUAACAACUUGAGCCACAGCAUUGGAAACAGUGGAGACAUAGUGAACCCCGACAUAUUUGGAUUUAGUGGACAUAUGUGAAACUUUCUUGAAUUUCGUUGAUCAGUGAGCACUGGAAACAAAUCUAGUGGUUUGAUGAAUGGUUGCUAGUAAUUUCGUUUCUUCUUCUUUUUUCUUCUGUAAUUGGUUUAUAAAGGGAAUAAUCUAUGUGGCAGCAUGUGGAAUCUUACUUUAUAGAAGUUUGUUCAGUUCAAAGGACUUAAAAUUGGUCAGUCCCUUGUCAUAUAGCUUCUUUUCUUUGUUCUCUUUUUCUGUAAUUACCAAUUGUAGCAUUAUUUUUAUGACCGUCGUAAUUCAGCCUAGUCGAUUUA